CGCUCGAGCACGACAUGUGGUUUCAGCGUCGUGCGCCCUGCUGACCGCGGCCCGAUGGAAUAACUUGAAGCCAUAUUAUCAAUAAAAAUAAAGAGGAAUUCCUUUAUUCCCCGCUCAUCCCGCAGACCGGAACAUAUUACAGAUCCCGUGAACGCCUUGCCUAUUAAUGGCAUUACAAUUUAUAAGGGCGUAGCUCUAAGCUCUCAGAAUAGCGUCUCCGCCCCCAACCCAACCAAUAGCGAUUAUGUCGACAACACAGAAUGGAAUGCCUUAUGUUCGCUUAGGCAACUCUGGGCUCAAAGUUUCCAAAAUCAUCCUAGGGACGAUGCAGUAUGGAACGAGCGAAUGGCAAGAUUGGGUUCUUGGAGAGGAAGAAGCUGUUGUUCACAUCAAAGCUGCUUAUGACGCGGGAAUCAACACCUUUGACACGGCAGACAUGUACUCCAAUGGACUUUCCGAGGUCGUGCUUGGAAACGCGAUCAAAAAGCUCAACUUACCUCGGGAUGAGAUUGUAGUCAUGACAAAGGUUUAUAAUGUUGUUGGCCGCACCCCGAGUGAAAAGGUCUUCAAGUCAAGUGUACAUCCUGAUCAACUAGGAUAUGUCAAUCAAAGGGGUUUGAGUCGCAAGCAUAUUUUCGCAUCCAUCAAGAAGAGUCUAGAGCGUUUGCAACUUGAUUAUGUCGAUGUCCUGCAGUGCCAUCGCUUUGACGCAGAGACGCCUAUUAAAGAGACGAUGCAAGCUCUCCAUGACGUCGUGCAGGCUGGUUAUGUUCGGUAUAUUGGCAUGUCUUCAUGCUGGGCUUACCAAUUCCAAGCAAUGCAAAAUUACGCGAUCGCAAACCACCUCACACCUUUCAUUUCGAUGCAGAAUCACCACAGUUUGAUCUAUCGCGAAGAGGAACGAGAAAUGUUCCCCACACUCAAGAUGUUUGGCGUUGGAUGCAUCCCCUGGUCGCCGCUCGCCCGAGGACUGCUCACCCGCCCUCUUAGCGAGAAAACUAUUCGUGGAAAGACCGACCUAACCAUAAACUCAUAUGUCCAGCAUGAGUCUGACAAAGAAAUUGUGAGCCGCCUCGAGGAAGUUGCAAAGAAGAAAGGCGCAAGCAUGGCGCAAAUAGCUCUUGCUUGGUCGAUGGCACAAGAUGCGGUCACGGCUCCGAUCGUUGGGACAACUUCUCUUAAGAACCUGCAGGAUCUUCUCGGCGCCAUUAAUAUCACUCUUACCGCAGAAGAACUUAAAUACUUGGAGGAGCCUUAUCAGCCAAAGUCUGUCGUCGGGCACAAAUAACUUUCUUCCGACAAAGAAACCGUGACUGGUUCGAAAGGAUAUUUUCUGGUAAGAGUAGAUUAUGUUAGUAACGAAACUGUAUGAGGGCUAAUAUUAUGCUGCAUGUAUAUUUAUAUGUAGUAGAUUCAGGUAGUUGCACUGUCAACGUAACCGCACCGUAAUCCAACCCGUUCUACCAGUGUUUCAGCAGUUUUUUAAUUGAAAAGGCGACAGAACUUCUUCACAUAAACUCUCAUCUGACAGUAACAAACAACUCAUCCUUCGUGAUCGUAUCGUGGCGUGGACUUAGACAGGAUGGUUGACAAUAUGAACUUAUGGCAGGGGUGUGCGGGCGCCUAUCAUACUGUUCCGCUGGAAGCCGAGUCUCCACUGCCAGCUGUCAAACUGCCAAACCCAAAUCGCUGACAUCCGAACUAUUUAGG